AUUAAACGUAUAAAAGCCGACUGAGCUGCUCGGGAACAAUAGAGAAAGAAGGAACAUGACAGAGAGCCGAGUCUGGGACUGGAACCGGGUCAGGGACUGGAACUGGGUCAGGGACUUGAACCGAGUCGGGAACUGGACCCGGGUCAAGGACAUGUACGAGGGAGAUAAUCAAUAUGGAAUGACCGAAGCACAAAAAAAAGCAUACAGAGACAAAACUCUUUACAAUAAUCCAGAUGUUUUAUUCAGAAUCUAUAAACAGGGAAGACUCUGUGUGCUGCUCUUCAUGCCAACUGACACUGUAGAGUGGAAGAAGGUGAUUCAGGACAAGAUUCGGGACAGAAACAGAGCUGACCCUUCUGUUCAGCUGACGGAGAGACGUGCUAUAAGGGGUCAUUUACCAAUCAUUGGCAUGUCUGGUCCUGAGAAUCACCUCGAAUAUAUCUGUGACAUUUUUGAUCAGCUCUAUAAUCAGGUGCAGGAAAACAUUCACUACAGAGCAGCACAGAGGAACUAUGCGGCUGAGAUCGAGGAACUCAAUGUGAGAAUCAGGGACGUGGAAGAGGAAAUUGCGAUGCUUUACAGACGAUUGGAGGAGAUUACAGGUCAAAGACAAGGCCGGUGACGUCCUGCUUUCCUUUCAUCACUGUGCUGUAUUUUUUAAAAAUAUAUUAAAAUAGUUGUAAUAUAGUUAAGUGGUUGAAUAAAUGCUCGACUGCUCCCAUAAUCUCUCUGGGUAAAGAGGAAGAUACACGUUGAGACUUUUCUCCUCGGUGAUGGAAUAAACUUCUGAAAACAUCUGAACUGAACUGAACUUCAAACGUCGGGUGAAGACUGAACCUCUUCCAGAAAUAUUUAAACUUCAUACUUCAGAGCAGAGGUGGCAAAAGUACACACAUCCUUUACUCAAGUAGAAGUACAGAUACUCAUUUUUUAAAAGACUCCAGUAAAAGUAGAAGUAGUGACUACAAUCUUUUACUCAAGUUAAAGUAAAGAAGUUUGGGCUCUGACAUGUACUUAUGUAAAAAGUCACCGUUACUACUAACUGUUUAGUGUCAUGCUGGUAACUGGACGUCAUGUUUUAUUUGUAUUUGUGUGUGUGUGUGUGUGUGUGUGUGUGUGUGUGUGUGUG